CAAAUGGCGUAACAAACAAAGGAGAAGAGCCUUCAAAUAUCUCCCUUGUGCAGAUCCUGUGAUAUGAUUUGGGAGGAGUUGCGUUUAAAAAUAGCAAAAGUAAAAGUAAUGGCUUAUGAUUCAAGAAGCUUCCACUUUGUGUUUGUCCAUGGAGCCUGUUUUGGCGGCUGGUGUUGGUACAAAGUUGCAGACCUCCUUAUGAAAGAUGGGCACACUGUCUCUGCCCUUGACAUGGCUGGCCAAGGAAUCGACCCCACAGAUGCAGAUCACAUUUACACAUUAGAGGAGUACAAUAAACCUCUCACAGACUUCUUUACUGCUCUUUCUUCAAACCAUAAGGUGAUACUGGUUGGCCAUAGCGUUGGUGGUUACAAUGUGAGUUACACCAUGGAGCGCUUCCCACAUAAAAUCGCUUCUGCUAUUUUCGUUACUGCAGUCAUGGCCCUCAGCGGAACGACUCUCGUUGACAGUUUGAAUGAGAUUUUGUCUCGAAUUGGAAGCUUGGGAGACUCCACAUUUUCCUUUGCGAAUGGAGAAGGGAAAAAACCCACAUCCGUAAAGUUUGGCAAACAGUUUUCACAACAAGUUUUGUUACAAAACUCACCCUCUACGGAUAUUUGUUUGACUGAUUCUUUGCUGAAAAAAUUUCCUUUGUGGGAUGGAGCCGUUUCCUACACGAAGGAAAAUUAUGGACGAGUUCCCCGAGCAUACGUUGUGGCUAAAGAUGAUAAAAUGUUAUCAGAGGAAUACCAGAAAAAAAUGAUUGCAGAGAAUCCUCCACAAAUGGUAUACGAGAUAGAAGGAUCGGAUCACUCUCCAUUCUUUUGCAAACCUGAUAAACUUGCUAACAUACUCCUACAAAUUGCCAGUAGAUGCCUGUGUGAAUAAUGUCGUGCGUCAUUUUCUCUUCAAUACU